CCUCGAGGGAACUUGCCCAGACGUGUUCAGCUGGUACACGUGCUCUAUAAGAAGACAUGACAAGGCCUACUUCAACGUCAGAUGAUCGGGGAGCUGUUGAAAAAGAAUAAUAAAGCCUUCUCUUGGGGACUUCUUGGCAACCACCAAUAUUUCUGCAAGAAAGCUAUGAUGAUCAGUGCUAUGGAAGAUGCAAAAGCCAGGAAGGAACACCACCACAAGACCAUACAUUUUAACAAAAGGAUGAAAAGAGCAGACACUUCCCAUGACCCAUUGGUAACAAAUGAACCAAUAAAGAAAGCCAAAUUGAGUGAUCCAGAUCUGGAAAAUCAAAGCAUUUUGAACUCCAAAAGCAUUGAAGUCACAAGAUUAGGACCAUCUGCCUCUUUACCCGACCACCAAAACUUAAUGACCACCCUCAGAGAAAGCUGGGAGGUGGACAGCGGGUUCUGCUCUGAAGCCAGCCCUCCAGCCAGCGGUCGGAGCUCGCCGUGGUUCAGCACAUGCCCGACCUCAGUGGUGGCAAUGGACUGUGAAAUGGUGGGGACAGGACCUGGCGCACGAUGCAGCGAGGUAGCCCGCUGCAGCAUCCUGGACUACCAUGGAAACGUGUUGUACGACAAAUACAUCAGGCCAUGUCAGCCCGUCACUGACUUCAGGACUCGUUGGAGCGGCAUCCAAAGGCAUCACCUUCACGACGCCACACCCUUCAUUCAGGCCAGAGAAGAGAUCCUCAGGAUACUGGAAGGCAAAGUUGUCGUGGGCCACUCUAUCUACAACGACUUUGAGGUGCUGGACAUUAUUCAUCCUGGUCACAUGGUCAGGGACACGUGCACAACGCGUCUCCUCAGCCGGUUGGCCGGUUUUCCUUGCGGACGCUGCCCCUCCCUUAAAAUCCUCUCCUGCAAGCUGCUGAACAGGAAAAUACAGGCUGGAAGGAGAGGCCACUCUUCAGUGGAGGACGCUCUGGCUUCCCUUGACCUCUACAAGCUGGUGGAGGGUGAAUGGGAGCAGGAGAUACAGAGAAAACUGACAGACAACAACGCCCCAAGCGAGCCAAGCUAUGCCUCAUCAAACCACUACAUGCAGGACGAGUACUGGCCCUGUGAAGUCACAGGAGACCGACAAUGAGGGAAAGAUGUUAGACUGUUUUUAAGGGAAAUGCAUUGAGUCCCCAUUUGCAUCACGAUGCACAUUUAUGAGAGCAGAACUAUAUAUUUAAUGCGAAACCUCAGGCAGUUAAAGAUAUAUAAAAGGAAGCAGGGAGCUCAAGAUGUGGAGGGAGAAAUAAGAACACUUUAACUUAUUACUUUAACCAGUUAUUUCAGGACCUUUUUGCUGUAAGGAAAGAUAUUUGGUCUCAAAGACAUGAAUAACCAACUUAGUUGGUGCUUAGUGAAAACUUGAAAUACCACAGGGGAUCAUGUUAUUUACAAAGUUUGAGGUACCUUACUUGAAAUAGCAACUGAGUGUUUCUCUAUAGUAGACUAUUUAAUACAAAAAUAGGCUUUGAUAUUGACAUUUGUGACACUGCAUUAGGAGCAAAACCGCUUUCUGAUAGGGAGGACUUUUAAAUCUGCAGGGCAGAACUUCUAUAUGUUAGUAUAGGUCCAUUAGUCCAAACCCGCUCAGGUCUGUGUGGCUCUCUUUCUUUAGCAGUUUGCUAGAAUUUUAAACCUGAGAUGAUAACAAUCCUUGCGUUGUUGUACGAGCCCACAGGAACAGCUUGUUAAAAUUCACUGCCAGAAGAGGGAGACAGAAGUUCUGCACUGCAGGUUCUUUCCAGGGUUUCUAAUGUUGUGACACUUCUAUGUUCAGGUUUCACGACCUCUGGUUGUAAGCUGCUCUUUAAUUAAUAAAGCAUGUGGAAAUUUGAGCUAUUUAAUGCGUGUCUUUAGGUUCUGAAACCUCAAAAGCUAAAAAGUAGAAACACUGCAAAGUAUCCAGACAUACGUCAGCAAAAAGGAAAAAGGCCAUUUAAUAUAAUUAGGAAAAAGAAAAAAACUCAGUAGAACUCAGUGUUCUACUUGAUGAAAACCUUUUUUGUUAAUACAAUUUAGAGAACUCAGCUUAUCACCAGAACAGUUUAUCAGCAGGAGGAAAUUAUGUUUUGUUGGUGGUUUGUUACACAUGGCAUUUCCUCAUAUCAAGGCAAGAGUGAUACAGGAGGUUUGAGAGUGGCUACUUAUUAAAUACUAAAAACAUGCGACCUGAUUCACAAACAAAUCAGCAGCUGCAAGCAUUUCAAACAAAGCCGUGACUAUACUGGUACAGGGCAAAGUUUUGGGAAGUGUCCAAACCUGCUAGUGAGAGAUUGUCACAAAUACUGGUUCAGUACGUGACAAAAUUUUGCGGCAUCAUGUCCAAACAGGCAAUCAAAUCUGCCUCUGUAAGGCUGCGCUGAUCUAGAAUAGAUACAUUUUUUUUACCUUUAAAAUAUUUCAGUUCUUUCUGCAUGUUUUGAUGCCACAAAUGUGCAGCAGCUUACAAUGUAACGUUCUCAGUGUGACAGCAGAAUAUGAUGCUAUCAGGGACACAUAAACUGUUGGGGACGCUGUGUGUUCUGGGUUUUAGUUCAGCAUUCUGUCAAUGGUUUUGCAUUUAGGCUUCAGCUCCUCUGUUUUCAUUGAAACCUACAUGUGCACGCACAUACACAUCUAAAAGCUGGGGUUAAAGCAAAGGCUUCAGCGAAGAACAGAGUAUUGCAUUGUUUACCCAAUCCAUCUAAUUUUGCUCCCCAAAUCGCUUUAUUGAGCUGAUCAAACCCGAUUUUGCAGAUUACUGGCAGACUGCCAGCACUUUUGUCACUGCAUCAGGGGGAAAACGUGCGUCAGUGACACUCGGACCUCCAGGGUCAUAAGGGGUAAAUGGGCAACUUUCAAAUAUGAACUUUGCAAUGCCUGAUGAGGGUGUGCUCAGGCUGUGCACUUGUUAGACUAAAAGGAGAUCAGAUCAUUGUUCAGAUGGAGGCUCAGAAAGCAACAGAUGGAUCCAUGCAACCACUACUUUGGUUGCAUCCAGUGCCACUUACUUGAAUUUUUCUGUUUGUUCUCUAAAAUGAGAUUGUUUAUGUAGGUAUUCAGCAUUUCUGAAAAUAAAUCUAUGUCUCCGUGGGAUGGAUUUUCUGAACAGCAGCUAAAGAAUUUUAGCUAAACUAUUGUGCGUCACACAAAUGGACAUUCACAUGGUUGUUUCCUUUUGCAUGCUCAGAUAAGUUAUAAAGAAUGUUCUUGUUAUGUUACUGAGCAAUUUAACCCAUUCACCAUCAGUCCCCCGCUUAAAACACGGGUGUCUAUGGAACACAUACUAUCCCAUAUCCUGUUUUCCAGCCAUGCCUUUGUAGCGUUGACUAUAUCUGACAGUUUGACUAAGUUUGAUACAAUACAAACAGAGUUCAGCCUAUUUAGUAACAAUAAACCAGAAAAAAAAAUCUAAAUGUGACUUCAGCCCAGAACAUGAACUGCAGCUAUCCUGUAGCAAUCUCAUCAACACUCAGCGGUAAUUAUAGAGGAAGUGAGCCUCUGUGGAUUGUUUGAGAGAGGACUUUAAUUACAUAAACCUUUCUGGUCAGGGUGGGCUGUACACAUAUGCACAUAUGCACAAUUCAGCUUUGGAGGUGACUGUCACGUGCGCUGUGUUACAGUGCUCUCUGAGCUUAGACAUGCAUAUGUGAGAACUAAUCUGCUCACUGGGGCCUGUGGAUAGUUUAAGGGGCCAUGUUUACAGAUAUGAGUGCACCUGAGUCAUAAUACAAAUCCUGGUGGGGGGCUGGAUGUUCUCUCUCAUGUGUAUGUGGAAAUGUGCAUUAAGAUUGACGUUAGAUUUGCGGUCUUGUUUUUGCAGCUUCUCCCUCUUGAUAUGUUUUUCUAUUUGCCUUUUGUUUGUCAGAUGGAAAAAAAACCCCCACAAAACCCACAGUGAUUCUAGUCCGAUGGUAACUCGAUAGUAGAGCAUGUCAAAGGCAGCAGAAUGGAACCCCGUGCGAAGCUAAGAGGCGAAGUGAAAUGAUUCUGUUCUGUCUAAAAUACUUAUUGGCACAUUUGCCUUAUCAAUAGCACUAAGAUAAGGUAUAAUAUCACUGAUGAAUAACCAGACUGAUGUCACUCACUCCAUAAUUAAUCUAAACGCGUGAUGACCACUAAAAUGGCGGCUCCACCUCCCUUGCCCCCUAACACUUUCACGUUGCAGAAUACACAGUUACAAUGGUCACUUGUCCCUCCAUUCAAUUCCUCCUGGAAUGCCUCUGACC